UGUUUACCGUGCUGCUUCAGGAGCCUGUUUGUGAACGUAUUCAUGAGGACAUAAAGGAGCCAAGAACUACACGGACUCUCUGUGGACCUGCCGAAAAACGGGAGCCAUGGAUUACACAAAAAACUACAACGCUUAUCUCUCCAUCUUCAUGUUAAUAAUCUGCAGCACCUGCCACGCUCUUUUGGACAGAUUUCUGGAGGAGCACCUCUCAGAUCAGCUGUUUCCUCAUCAUCUGGACUCAGAAGAUGACAGCCAAAGUACCUCCUGUGAUUUUGAGUCACUCUGCCACUGGACUUUAUCAAAUCACAGCGACCAAAGUGACUGGUCAGUGGCGGCGCCACAGCAACCAGAAAGUGCUCAGGCGAGGACGAUGCCUGUGGCUGACCACUCAGUAGGAAGCGCUGACGGGCACUUUCUUCUCCUAAGCCCCUCCCCUGCCACUGAGGCCUCCGGGAGAUGCGAGUACCAUUUAACCAGCCCAGUGUUGCCAGGAAACGAUGGCCACUGCAUCCUACAGGUGGCCCUGUAUGUGUCCAGCCUCGCAGCAGGGAACCUCACGCUCCUCAUCAAGCCAGUCCACUCGGGUUCGGCUGUUCACUCUGUGGUUCUCAACCCCAGGAGACAUGAUGAUCGCAGGGAUGAGUGGGAGGUCCUGGAGACUGAGAUUGGCCCGGUGGACGAGCCCUUCCAGGUGACCCUGCUCUACACUUCCUGCUUGGGGGAAGGUGGAGCCACUGUGGCUCUGGACUCUCUGGAGUUCAUAGACUGUGAAGCAGAACACCCGCUCAUCGGGCUGGACGAUUGUGGGGAUUCUUUCCUUUGUGAAAACUCAGGAGGCUGCAUCGAUCAGAGUCAAGUGUGUAACUUCCACACAGAUUGUCCUUUAGGAGAGGAUGAAGGCUUCAUAUGUGGUGCUCUUCCAUUUGGCUCUCACUGUUCGUUUGAACAGGAUGAAUGUGGGUGGUCUGCAUCCAACCGUCACUCUGCAUGGAGAAGGAUCGCUGCAGAUGAACUCCCAGAGAAAGAAGACAUGCAGGGUGUCACUCUGCAGAGCACACCAGGGCACUUCUUGUUUCUGCAGGUAAGAGAGAGUAAUUCUCUUCGAGAGGCGUCCAUUCAGAGCGCCUCCUUCCCUCCUCCAGUCUCUACUACUUCCUGCCAGAUGCGUUUCUCUCUGUACCUGUACGGGGACUUUAAUGGUUCAUUGCUGGUGUCUAUCGAGGAGAAUGGGACCACUGCUGCACCACUGGUCUGGGAGAGAAAUGAUCAGUGGACGGACGACUGGGAAGAUGUUGCCCUGCAGCUGACUGGCCUUCAUCAUGGGUUCCACGUCAAGGUGACAGCUGUGUGGGGAAAAGGCUCCAAUGCUGAUGUCGCUCUUGAUGACAUCGCAAUCGGUGCAGCCUGCUUCGAAACAGAUCUGAACUCUCUCCUGCCAAUGGCGGACUUGGAGGAUUUUUUAAGCCCCCUUCCGGAGCCUUCAGCCUCAGAAGUUUCUUUGAUGACAUGGUGGUUUAACUCGUGCGGUGCAAGUGGGCCCCACGGCCCGACCCAGGCCCAGUGUGACAGCACCUACAGGAACAAAAAUGUCAGUGUCACUGUGGGGAAGGAAGAUCCCUUUAAAGGAGUCCAAAUGUGGAGGGUACCUGCCACUAACAGAUAUCUGAUCUCUGCUUACGGGGCUGCAGGAGGGAAAGGAGCCAAAAACCACAACAAACGCAACCACGGGGUCUUCAUAUCAGCCAUAUUUCCUCUGGAGAAAGGGGAUAUACUUUACAUCUUGGUGGGCCACCAGGGAGAGGAUGCAUGCCCGGGGAGAAAUCCCUACACCCAGCGGAUCUGCCUGGGAGAGUCAUCAGUGAUUGAAGACAACCUGAGGGGAGAGGCCGGCGCAGAGUGGGCUGGAGGAGGAGGCGGAGGAGGAGGUGCCACGUACAUCUUUAAGAUGGAGGGAGAUGAGCUAGUUCCCUUGCUGAUUGCGGCUGGCGGAGGAGGAAAUGCCUACCUGGAGGACCCAGAGUCCAGUCUGGACCACAUACCACUGGAGCAGUAUGAAAACAGCACCAUAGCUUCCAGUACCAACGGUCAAACUGGUGCUGCAGGUGGAGGUGGAGGAUGGAAAGACAGUCCCAGUCCUCAACUAAGGGCAGGAAAGUCUCUGGUGGAGGGUGCUGAGGGGGGGUCCUCGUGUCCCCUGGCCCUGUCCAAGCUCAGCUGGUCCACAUUUGGUGGAUUUGGAGGUGGCGGUGGGGCCUGCACGGCUGGAGGUGGCGGAGGGGGUUACCGAGGAGGUGAUGCUGCGCUGACGGAUGAGAUCACAGCUGACGGUCAGAAUGGAAUCUCAUUCAUUCAUCCGAUGGGAGAGAUUUUCCUUCAGCCGCUGGCAGCCAUGGAAAGUCACGGCGAGUGUGAGAUCAAAGUGCAGCUGAACUGCAGCCACUGUCAGUCGCAGAGCUGCAAACGUGACGAAGACACUCAUCUCAUCCUGUGUCUCUGCGACGAUGACGAAGUCCUCGCCGGCGACAACGUGACAUGCAUCGGCACCAUCGCAGCUCCUCAAGGCCCGGCUCUGCAGGGCCAGAUGUCAACAUCUUUGAUCCUCGCUGUCGUCGUCUCCACCGUCGCGAGUGGCAUCGCUCUGAUCUGCGCCGGCGUCAUCCUCAUGUGGUACCGCAAGAAGAACGACCUGCACGCAGUGAGGGGGCGUCUGCAGAGUCCAGAGUACAAGCUGAGCAAGAUCCGCUCCUCCACCAUCAUGACGGACUACAACCCAAACUACUGCUUCGCUGGGAAGGCCGCCUCACUCAACGAACUAAAGGAAGUGCCGCGCAAGAACAUAACACUUCUGAGGGCUCUUGGUCACGGUGCGUUUGGUGAAGUCUAUGAAGGACAAGUUCUGGGGAUUAGUGGUGAUAACGGCCCCAUGCAGGUGGCCAUAAAGACUCUUCCCGAAAUCUGCUCCGAACAAGAUGAAAUGGAUUUCCUGAUGGAGGCCCUGAUAAUGAGCAAGUUCAGCCACGAGAACAUUGUGCGCUGCAUCGGUGUCAGUCUGAACAUCCUGCCACGUUUCAUCCUGCUGGAGCUGAUGACCGGAGGGGACAUGAAGAGCUUCCUGAGACAGAACCGGCCACGAGCUGGCCAGACCUGUUCUCUCACCAUGCGGGAGCUGCUGCAGAUGGCCCGAGAUAUCGCCUUCGGCUGCCAAUACCUGGAGGAGAACCACUUCAUCCACAGAGACAUUGCUGCUAGGAAUUGCCUGCUUACCUGCCCUGGGCCAGACAGAGUGGCCAAAAUCGGAGACUUUGGCAUGGCAAGAGACAUCUACAGAGCCAGCUAUUACAGGAAGGGUGGUCGAGCCAUGCUGCCGGUCAAAUGGAUGCCACCGGAGGCCUUCAUGGAGGGAAUCUUCACCUGCAAGACUGACACAUGGUCGUUCGGGGUGCUGCUGUGGGAGAUCCUCUCUCUGGGCUACAUGCCGUAUCCGUGUAAAACCAACCAAGAGGUGCUGGAGUUUGUCACCAGUGGAGGCAGGAUGGAUCCUCCCAAGAGCUGCCCGGGGCCUGUCUACCGGAUCAUGACCCAGUGUUGGCAGCACUGUCCCGAGCACCGGCCCAACUUUUCUACAAUCCUGGAGAGAAUUAACUACUGCUCUCAGGACCCAGAUGUGAUCAACACACCUCUACCUGUGGAAUAUUCUCCCACCUCAGAGGACGAUAGUGGCACAAUAAUCCGUCCGUCUGACCACACCUCCACCAGCCUCGCUCCUCUCCUGGUGUCCCAUCCUGUUUCUCAGGCUUCCUCCCCGCAGCUGGGUCUCUCCUCUCUGGGCCUGGGUCCGAGCCCUCUUCCCCCACAGCCUACAAAACCCCGUCUCCUCCUCCAGAGGACCCAACCCGUGCACCCUGAGGUGACAUCGUGCCGCGAGGCUCUGGAGCCGUCCUGGGCGGAGCCUUUUCCCGCCCCUGGUUCGUCUGCAGGAGGCCACUGGCUCCACCCCGAGCCUCCUCACCACCGGCCUUGCUCCAGAAACAGCUCCUCCUCGGGGAGCCAGAGGCUGAAGAACAAGACAAAGAACCUGUGGAACCCCACGUACGGUUCCUGGGUUUUGGAGAACUUCCGGGGGAAGAAAACACUGGCUCACACUCAGUCCAUGCCACUCUCAGGCUCUGCUACCUCCACCACACAGGCUCCUCAGGCCUCAGAGAGCAGCGAGGCCGGGAGUGACAGCACCAGCGCCUGCACUCCCUCCACCCCGUCCCCGUCCUGCCAGGCUCAAGCCGCCCCGAGCACCUCCUCCCAUAAGAUCUCAACAGGUGGCACGACGAAAGCCGGCAUGGACCUGGCCAAGCUCCAGAGUUUCCCCUGCGGGAACGUCAACUACGCCUACGAUGAGCAGAGCUACGAGACGGAGAGUCUCCCCCUGGUGAUGCCCAAAGACCCUGAAGCCAUCACAAACACCAGCUCCGCCCCCAGCGUCUCCUCAGGGACCAGCCUGGGUCUGGCGUUAGGCCUCCAUUCCUCCUCAGCCUGUAUGCCCAAGCUGCUACUGAAGCGUCACGCCAGCUACGGACACGAGGACGUGAGGAGGCACACCAAAGCUGAGAAACCCACACGCGACCGGGACUCAGGCUUUUCUCUGUCCGAAGACCUCAGCGUUACCCCCAUCUAACCACGGCUCGCUGUAACAGGGUUUAUGAUUACAUGUCACCUGGAGCCCCUUUUCUCACAACCCAAGACUACGGUUCUGGAUUUCUGGAACCAAAAGCAUGACCACGAGGGCUCCGCCAUGGUCUGAGAGCCACAACAUCCAAUUAUUCAAGCUCCUGGAAUGCUGGAAAACACAAACUCUUCUCUGCACUGUGAUACAGAGAGCCAACACUCAGAGCUGUGUGCUGGGCCUCUGGAGCACUGGUAGCUAAAACACUGAAGCUGAAACACUGGACGACACGCAGCCCCGGGCUUUCUCAAUGCCUCAUUAUAGAACUGCUGUAGUUGGACUCCUUUUUUUACCUAUUUUUGUUGUUGUUUUUUCAUGAAAGCUUUGGCAGUAGUUUAUUUUGCAUUAUAGUAAACAAUUUAUUGGAAUUUAUAGUAAUCAGUGUACAGUAGGACCAUAACAAGCCAGAAAUAUUGAGCCACUGGGAAGAGAAGAGAGCAUUUCUGUUGAAUCAUUUUUCAUUUGAUUAGUUUGAAAUUUAGAAGAGGCUGUAGCAGUUUCAUUUAUAACUGUAUGCAUAUUCUAGGAACACAUGGCACAUUGUGUUAAACGUCUGUGAUUCUGAUUUGCUUUCACCCGAAAUAAUGUGAAAACACAAACACCUGAUAUACUGCAAUAACACGCCUGAUGUUUUCUCUCAAGGUACUUGGUGUUUGCGACGCUUCCCCAGCAGAUGUAGUUCACUUAGUAGUCAUGGAGACGGUGUAGUCUGAUUACAUAUUAUAUUAGGUUACGCUGAUGUAUACACAAAGACAUCACAAGCCCUGUUUUUAUUCACGAAUGGCCUCAGGCAUUAAAUGUGACUCCUGGUCAGUGACUUGGACCUCUUCCCAGUUGAUGCUGCUGGUUUUGGUCUUCACAGACAGCCAGGCACCAUGAAGGACUCACAUCCCAAACAUCACUGCUACUGGUCAAGAAAUAGUUUUGCACUUAUACCCACGGUACAGUUAUUAGUGAGCUGUAGUGGUGAAGGCAAACAGAUAUUCCAGUCUUAUUUCUGACUGAAUUUAACUGACCGCUGGAAGUCACUUCAACUUUACCAAACAGACGUGAGAGUGGUAUCGAUUUCUCAUCUUACUCUCCACAGUAAAGUAUUCCCUGAAGGUGAUAAACAGUGUGUGGUAAGCAACCACUCCUUGUGGCUUCAAGUAAACCUUUUACCUUUAAAUGGCCAUUUGUGAGUCACAUACUCAUCCCAUGUUACUGUGAACUUCCUCCUCCUCCACCCUUAAUGAAUUGAAGUAAAUGUGGGCCGCAACUGCAAAACUAUCAACAUUUCAAACUCUCUCAUGCAUUAUAAUCCAAGUCUCAUUUAUCCAGUCAUUUG